UCGUGGCGGACGAAGGCGUGGCACUUUCUUUCCUGUUUGGCCGGGCUUUCGAGGCCAUCGGGGAAGCCCGGCCACGGCGGCCCAGAUUGCGAUAAGGCAAAAAGAGACAAGAGCAAGAGAACCUGUCCUGGUAUGUUUAUCCCAAGCGGCGGUGUCGUAAGUUCGCCACUGCGCGCACUGACGUGUGGCGGCCUGCUUCGAUUGCUGCUUCUCGGAGGCCCCGCCACCACUCGUAGCUGGGCGAACCAUCGGGCGCACUGCACGUCUCGUGACUCCGACCAGGCACGACAACACUGCGCGAUGACCAUGUCGACUGGAAGGGCACACGACUACAGCAUCCACUCGGCCCACAUUGCCGAGGUGCACGAUAUUCCCGUGAACGUCCUCAUCAGGCCCCUGACCCCGGUCCUGGACGAGGCCAAAGUGGCCAGCCUGAUGGAAACGCUCAAGGAUCCGGCCCAGCGGGACUCGGUGCCUCCCCUCGACGUGCUCUGGGUGACGGGCCGCGAGGGCGGUAACUAUUACUACUCGUUCGGAGGCUGUCACCGCUACGAGGCAUACCGGCGACUUGGCCUGCCCACAGCCAAGGCUAAACUCUUCCGCUCCACGGUCAGGGACCUGCAGUCCUAUCUGGGCGCCUCAACGCCCGACCUCAAGUGAUGGACCCGCUUGCUCCUCCAUCCCUGGCCUUGAACGACUUCGCGAUAUUCAAAGCCGUCCAAAAGCGCGUGCUGGCAUCCCGCCUCGCGCAGUUUUUUUCUUCUCGAGUGCAUAUAUAAUCGUCAAAUAGACAGGUUUGGCGAGUCGAAUUUCGCACGCGAGCACAUAGCUCGUAAUAUUGUUUUUUUUUUGUUUUUCUCUGUGGAAAGAGCUCGUGAUGCUUUUUUUCGUAAUGGUUUUGUGUCCGUUUUUCUGCGCGUGGAGUGUGUGCGUGCAUGUAUGAAAAGUUUUUGAUGUUUUUGGUGCGAGCCCUACAUCGCCCCCUUCGUAUUCGUAUCGUAUAUCGAGCUUAGUGUGUUUAGCGAAAGCUACGACAUUGUGUUCUAACGAAAUGCUUUACCCCUGUUAUCGACAUUUACAUUUUAUUGCACGAGCCGAUCCUGUCCCAUUAUAAAUGCGCUCCUUUAUUUUAUUGUUAUAUGUUUUCACUGUGUUCUUUCGUAUGUGCCUCUAAUAAACUUCAUCUACUUUUGUUCAA